UCAUAAACCCUACAUAGUAAAAAAAGAACUAUCAUACGUAAAUGUUCUUGGAAAGAUUCUAACGAAGAUGGAUGAUUCAUGUCAAUUCAUCACUGUAGAAGCGGAAAGCAACCCAUGAUCACUCUGGAAAUGGCUGUCCAUCAUAGAAGAAGGAAAGACGAAGACGAAAGGAACUCACCAUUUCUCGUUGAAGGCGAAGAAGCAUCUCUCUGCUCUUGGUUGGCGUUUCGCUCAUGUUCCCAAAGGGACGUCACGAGAGAUGCGCUACAAAUCUCCCGAGGGCAAGUGGUUUAACUCUUUAGUUACUGCUUGUGAAUGAUUGGAUCCGAGAUCUCAACAAAAGGAGAACCAGGAACCAGCAUGUUGUUGACUUGUGAGCAACGCCGUAGAAGACGCCACCAAAAAUGUCUUCUACCACCCGAGCUUUUUCUUGAUUUGUGUAGACCAUGGUUCUGUAGUGAAUAAUGCAGCAGAGUCUUUUCAGCGCUUCAGAAACUCUAAGGAACUAAGAUUGCAUAAGUAGGCGACGAAAGUUUGGUCUGGAAUUUGGUGAGAGUUCCUAAUGACGAUGUGUUACAGCUAGAUUCUGCUGUUGAGAUGCUUCAUAAGCCAUUUAAGCCUACACCAGACCAUUUCUCUGGGAGAGACCUUGUUGAGGAAUUGAUAUUCAGCAAAGACUCAUUUGGUGUGGGACGCAGGCUUUACACGGUUUCCAUUGAGAGGCACAAUAAGCCUAUCACCGUGGUGGCAAUGAGAAUUGGCAAAGAUGUAGCUGAGAUCCCUUUGUUGGCGACACUGACUAGAGAGUGUAAUGACAGGAGAAGUGGGAUGUGUAGAGUACUUAUGGAUGAGUUGGAGAAGCAAAAUGUCUGUAAUGGUGUUCGUAGAUUGGUCUUACCGGCUUUGGCAAAGGAUGUGGCAACUUGGACUGAGUUUGGCUUCUCGGUUAUGGAAAGUUCUGAGAGGUUGGAACUUCUGAGACAUGGAUUGUUUGAUUUUGUUGGUACUGUAAUGUGCUUUCUGAAGGAAAGAGAAGAGCCAGGGGAGUCAAGCCCAACGGGAUCGGCGAGAUGGAACAACCCUGUGAUGUAUAGAUUGAUUCUAUGUGAUAUGUAG